AUGAAUGAAUUGGAUAAUUAAAUAAAUCUAGUUAAUAAUCUAAGCUAUAUUAGAAAUUUUUAAGAGUAUGAUAGUGAUGGUGGGUUAUAAAAGGGUAGAAUCAAAAGAAAAACUUUGAUGGACAAUAUUUAAAAUAGAUUUUAUCAUAAUAUAGAGAAAAUUAGAUUAGCUGUAGAUGAAAUAAAUAAUCAAAGAAUGUUAAUGUAGAAUAAAGAUUAAACUCCUAUACUGACUCCAGUUUUUCAAUCUGUGCAGACUUUAAUAGGGAAGUAGCGUGUAAAAGAAGCAAAAAUGUAUACAGGAAAAGAAGCGGUUUCAUUAGAUUCCUAGCUUUUUGAUAUUCCGUUAAUGGAUGAAGAAGUAAAGUAAUACCAGAAAGUUUUUGACAUGAAAAAAAACAACCAUGAUUUGCUCAAAUUCAAUAAGAUAGAGAAUUAAAUAAAAGCAAUAAACAAAAAGCUUAAAGAUAGAGAAAAUCCAGUUUCAUUAAAGUUAAAUGAAAAUAAUGAAGAUUAACCUGAGAUAUUUAAAUAAAAAAAUGGUUCUCAUAAAAAGAAAUAAUCAAAAUAAGAAAGUAUAGAAAAUCGAAUUUAAUUUUAAUAAAAAUAAUUAACAAGUGAGCUAUUAAAGAAAUAGUUUUUUUAACAAAGAAUUAAAUUAUAAAAUAAGAAGAAAUAACAUUUUAUAGAAUGCGAUUAAAGAAUCAAAGCUCUCUAUUUUUAGAACUUAGAUGAAGAUGAAACUUCUGAAUGCAAUUCUCCAGUACUUUAAAAUUCUAAAUCUUUAACUAAAAGUAUUUUUCUAAAAAAUAAUUAAUCGAACAAAAGCUUAAGUAUCGAUGUAAGCUAGAAAAGGAGAAGUAUUGAUUAAAACGAAGGUCUUAAUCCUAGCAACGUUGGUUAUCCUUCUCCAAUAAAAAAAAAAUUAAGUUCUAUUUACUUUCCAAAUGAAAGUAUUUCUAAAAAUUCUAUGGAAAAAUCAUAAAGUAACUAUUCAUAGAAUUUACUCUCUCCACAAAGACUAAAAUCUCACACUCAAUCAAAUUAAAAUUCUAUUUAAACCUCUAAUUAAAAAAUAGAAUAAAUAUCUAGAGCAUAAAGUUUUAUUUAUCCUUACAAGCUUUCAGAUAUAAAAGAAAAAGUUUAAAGAACAGAGAAGAUGAAUUUAAAAGAUGAAAAAUAAUUGAUAAGCGAUUCUAUACAAGUUAUGCUUGAUUCUAUAAUGGAAGAAAAGUAAAAAAAGAAAUAAAGGCAAAGUAUAGUUUUCUAAAAUAAAUUAUAAUCUUAGAAUGACGAAUAAUAGCUACUUUCUUCCUCAAGCAGUGAGAAUAUUUACUUCAAAGAAAAUUUAAGCCAUUCUAAAACAUAAAACUUAAGUAACGAUAAUAAAAAAUUUAGAAAAAUUGAGCUGAGUUAGACAAAUAACAUUUUUUUAAGUAGAAGUAAUGCAUCUAACCAAAAUUAUUAAGAUUUAGAUGAAGAAUUGAUUAUAAAAAUGGAAAAAAAUAAAAUUAGAGGAGAAAGGCUGAUUUAACUUAAAAAAAAGCUUGGUUUACUCGAUUAAAAUACACUGAAGAACGAGUAAAUAGAUUAAAUUGUUAAAGAAAUAGACAACAUACAUAAAGAGCAAGAAGAACAAAAUCUAAAUAAAUUAAAAUCUUAGAAUUUAAAAUAAAUUUAAAACAAUAAUCAAUAAAGGAAAAAUUUAUUAACUUUUUCUAAGAACGAAAAUUAUUAAUUACUUAAGAAAUAUGCCAAUCAAAAGCGAAGAGGCUUCUAAAAUCAGAAUCUUUCAGAGGGCAGGUUUAGUUAACUUUAAAAUUCAAGUAUCAACUAAAGAGUUAACAAGAGUAUGCUAAUAAAUGAGAACUUUAGCAUAUAAGAUGGAGAAUAAAAUUCAAUUGAUGGUACUUUAUUGCUAACAAAUAGAUCUAACUUUGAUAAAAUAUUAUUGCAAAAUAAAUAAGCAUAAAGUUUAAAAUAAAAUGAGAUUUAGAGAUAUAAUAGAAAUGAAAACUCCAUAAAUUCUUCCUCCUUUCAUGAAACAUCAGUUGGCUCCAGAUAAAAUAAAAAUAGCAUUUAAGAUGUUAAUUAUGAUAAUUAUAAAAUAUAAUAUAUAUCCUUUUAGAAUUAAAAUCAAAGAAAAUAUCACACAGAUUAAGUAAAUCAAACAUCUCAAGAGUCUUUUCGAAACAAAUUGAAUUAAAACAAAUUUAGUGAACAUAAUUCUCUGAACCAUACUUAGAAUAACAGGGUUUUCAAUAUUAAAAUCAGUAAGAAUUAAUCUUAGACCAUAAAUAAGUAUAACAAUGAAUCAAGUUAAGAAAGGCUAUUAGAUGAUGAAAAUCGUGGUGGUUUGAAUUUACUUAAAAAUUUAAGUAAAAUUGAACCAAAAAAAUUAUCAGAAAAAACAUAAAGCAAUAUAAGUUUAAAGACAUAUGAAGGUAUAAGUCAAAGUGAUAAUUAUGGUUUUUUAAAGGAUAUUCAAUAAAAAUAAAAAAUAGAGCAAAACAGAGAUAAUAAUAAAUAGUUUCCUCAGUUGAGAACAAGAUUGUAAAAUAAUUCAUUAAAUAAAAGAGUAGAUUAACAAUAGUAAUAAGAAUCUAACCCCAUAUUAGUUUAAUCGUUUCUUAUAAAUCAAACAAACUCUUUGUUAGAUUAAAGCAAUACUUAACAUAAACUAUACCAACAAAAUAAUUUCAUGAAGCAUUUUUUCAGAUAAAAAGUAAAUCUCAAAAAAGAAUUUGGAGAAAAGGUUACAGAAGCUGAUAGAGAAACUUUUACUUGUAAAGCAAAAGUGAGUAAUUUCUUCGAUAAUUUAUUGGAUUAUUAAGAAUAAAGUAUAUUAAAUAGCAAAAAUAUUAAUCAUUAAAUAAAUAAGAGUAUAAAAACUUUCAGCUCUCAUCUGAUUGGUUGGAAAAAUGAAUUAUAAGAAUGCAAUCAAGACAAUAAUAAUCAUAAUAAUAAUAAUAAUAAUCAUAUACAAUUUAAUACAUAAAAAUACAAUAAAAACAUAUCAGUAACAGCAACAGAAAAGUUGUAAGAGAAGUAAACAAAGAAUUUAUUAAAAUUAUGA